AAAAAUUCUGGAGAAUUUACACUUUUUUAAAAAAGGGUUAUAAAAAUAUAUCCUUAACUAAAUUUAAAGAAGAGCAAUUAGAAGGAAUGGGAGAAAAGGUGGACCUCUCAAGUUCUUUCUAAUGGAUCUCUAACAUUAACUGUUGGGAUAUUUCCUAACCAGAUCUGUUCUUCUAGGGAAAAGCAAGAUUUUUCCCCCCCUCAGGCGUCCUUGAUUUUAUUGCUGUUGCCAUUUUAUGAAAGAUUGUUCACAAGGCAACAAACUCUUAAAACUUUAGGGAUCAUUCCCUAAGAUUUGCAGAAAGGAACAACCAGUAUAGUUCUAAACAAGCUUUGUUUUUUUAUAUUCAAGGUUUUCAAAUGCCAAUAUUGAUGAUGAAAAAUAUUAUUUAGCUAGACUGUUUCUAAAAUUCUAUUGGUCCAAAAAGAAAAUACUGACAUUUGUAUGCAGAUUGCCUUCAGAAAGCAAAAACAGAAAAUAAUAAUUUGGACGUUCUUUCGUAACCACAUAAUAGCAAGCAUUUAUUUGAUGGGCCUUUCAGGGAAGAUCCUGAAUCUCCAAAGAAAGACACUUCUCCUCUUGGAAUUAAGAUGAGAAAAUGAAUCUAUGAAGAUGCUUAAAACUUUUUAAACUGUGAAGAGAGGGCACAUUUUAAUAUAGGUGAAGCUGAACACACUUAUUUCAAUUCAGCAUAAAAUUAUUGCUCAUGAAUUAAGAAGAUUUCUAAACUUUGUGGAGAAUUUCCAAGAGGGAAGUGGACUUUUUUCUUCUUGUUUGGUCUUUUGAUUGUUUGGAUAGAACUCAGGAAGUAGAGAAAAUCAACAUCUACUUGCCUUUUCCUUGCAUAAAAUGAACGGCCAAAAGAAUAUGACAUAUACCAAAAAUAUUUUGUUUACUAUGGUGGAAUGAAGAUGAACUGCUCCAAGGAAUGUGACAAGAAGGAGAAGCCUAUUUUGUCUUUUUCUAUAGAAGCAAUCUUAAAAAAUCCAUCUACUGAGGCUUGCCUCCACAACACGAUGGCCUGCAAUAGCCAACCUGAAGUAGCUCAAAACUUCAGUUCUAAGCCACUUUUGGACAGGUGUAAAGAUGACAAGAAAAUGAAGCGUAGAAUUAGGACCACGUUCACAGCAGAGCAGCUCCAGGAAUUGGAGAGAAUCUUCCAAGCUACACACUAUCCAGAUAUUAACAUCCGCAACCAGCUGGCAGCCAAAAUCAAUCUUCCAGAAGCCAGGGUUCAGAUUUGGUUCCAAAAUCAACGAGCAAAGUGGAGGAAACAUGAACGAUUUGGCAGUUUUGGAGGCCUGCAGCAUCAGACCGAAACUGAUUUUAUUCCAACCCCAAAGCCAAAUGUCAGAGACCCUUCCAUGAUGCCCAGCAACAGCCUUUCUGCCAUCGCCCCUCCUGCAUGGUACUAUUACUCGCUCAUCCAAGAGCAUUCCACAUGUGCCUAGCUACCAAACCUGCUGCCUUGGGCCCCACUGCCCAUGGACACUUUGGCAUUUUCAAAGCCAUCUCUAAUUACUGACUCCCUUCCUCCUUAUACCCUUCACCCUCUGCCCCUGAAACCAGCAAGGGCCAUGCUACUAUCAAUUUCACCUAGUAGAGGAUGAAUUGUAAAGAUCUCUGAAGCAAUGUCUGGUUCUUCUAAAUGGCUGGCAGAACCUUCACUGAACCAGUAUUAUGUAGUAAAUAGCUGUGGGAUUCAGAAUCAUUCCCAUGGCUAUGAAACUUACUAGUUUAGUAGAAUGUGGUUACUCUCUCUCAGCGUAUCUUCACUGGGGUGGUUGUAAAGAAGUACCAACUGCUGCUCUUUAGAGGAUGGAUGAAAUACAAGUAGAAUGUUAAAAUAAUCUUAGAGGAAAUUUUCUUUUAAAUAUAGAGCUAAAAAGUUUCUGGUUGACUUUGGACAAUGAAUGGAACUUGGUGUAAAUGACAAAGCCAAUCUCUCACCACUGAAACAGUUCAAUAUUAAUUAUACUAUGCUUGAAACAAUAUAUGUUCUUGGAUAACAAACAGAUAUUGCGUUGCGUCCUCUGUGGAAGAGCUGAGACUUUAAAUAAUCAACAAGUGCAAAGUAGGAGUGAUCAGAUUUUAUUGGCCAGAAUGCAUAUUCUACUCUUCUCCGCAGGGAAAACAUUGCAUUUUCAUUUAUCACAUUGGCCACUCCAAACUGUAUUAGGUUAUUCAUUCUGCAUCUUUUGACAUUAGCUGUAUUUUUGAUGAGGUAUACAAAAAUAUACCCAAAAAUAUAGCUUUUUAAAUAUU